UCGGUAGUAUAUUGCUAAUUAAUUGCUCUAUAGCUUGUUAUUUCCCUAUUGUAAAUUGUAAUGCUCUUUGGCCUGUUAUUAACUGAUUAGUGGUUGUAAUGUAUUAUCGUUGCUGGCUCUAUAUAAUCUUGAAUUAUGGUUGCUGUGUAAUGUCUGAGUUAAUAGUAAAAAUGAUACGGCUCAUUACAACGAAUUGGAAUUCCAUUGUAUAUAGUGAAGGCUAUAUAACUUCAAGGACCUAAGUGCUUUUAUCUAAUUAAAAACGCAUGUUGAUAACAAAGUACACCGGACGCAGUUAAUUGCAAUAGUAGAUAAGGUUCCUUUUGGAGAAAUAUCAUCUGUACAAGACUGGCUCGGCAUUGAGGGGCCAGUUGGCAAGCCACAGAAAGAGUUAGCUUCCAGACCUGUUAAAGGUUUCAACUGUCCCAGAACAGAGCAAAGUGGUCAGCGAUUUUGGGGUUACUUUAAAAAAAAUUGCGGGACUCCAGAUAAAUUUUUUGAAUCCAGUUUUGUGUACAACUAUUUACCACAACAGUGGAUGAAGGAAAAUGGCGCCAAUCUUACACCGGAGGAUUUGAAAGCAAAUGAAAAGGAACAACUGUACAGCAUUAUUGACCCCAUUUUUGCUGAGAUACUUGAACUUUAUGAUGUAAAAAUAAUUGUUGCUAUUGGUAAAUUCUGUGAAAAAAGAGCUCAGAAGACUUUAGCAAAAUAUUUGCCUGAAAAAUCAAUCAAGAUAGUUUACAUGCCACACCCCAGCCCAAGGUCAGGCGGUGCAGAUAAGUGGUACAAACAGGCUCAGAAGUGUUUGGAAGACAAUAACCUUAUGCAAUAUUACAAAUAAAAAAGAACCAAAUUGAUACAUUCCUUUAAGUACAAAAUGGUUGAUUUUAUGAGAAGAGCCCUUGAAUUGGCAUCGGAAGCAUUAACUGCCCAGGAAGUGCCUGUGGGAUGUGUAUUUGUCCACAACGAGAACAUUGUAGCGGAGUCAAGGAAUUGUGUUAACGCAACCCGCAACCCUACAAGACAUGCUGAAAUAAAUUGUAUAGACACGGUUAUAGAAUACUGUAAAUUAAAUAACAUAGAUUAUAACACAUAUUUUAAAGAUAUACUUGUCUAUGUCACCGUGGAGCCCUGUAUUAUGUGUGCAGCAGCACUCACGAACUUAAAUGUAAAGGAAGUCACAUAUGGCUGUGCCAAUGAUAGGUUUGGCGGCAAAACUGUAUUAGAUAUAAGUGAAUUUUAUAAGAAUAACUACAUAUUAAAUGGGAACCUAUUAGCUGAUGAAGCUAUGGCUCUUCUCAAACAAUUUUAUAAGGGUGUAAAUCCUAAUGCGCCUGAAUCAAAGGUGAAAAAGGAAAAAAGAUGAUUAAUAUUUUUUUAAGAUUUAUUUUGAUUGUUUUUAUAUUUUUUUAAUUCUAUGUAGGGUGGUCAUUCGACUUUCAGUCUAGCAUCAGUUCAUCCUUAGAUUGAAAUUCACUUAAUAUUGUUUGGUAUUGAUAAUUGUCAAAUUUUUGCAUUCUAGUUUACACUAUUCAUCUAAUAUCAAUCUCAAGAUCACUGUAUAAACUGAUGCUAGAUUGAACAUUGACCACCUAAUUGUUUUUUAUAACUAAUAAACUAUUUUGAUUAUGAUA